CAUAUACUGUAGCGGACUGGGAAGGCUUUUCUAUCAGAAGUCAGUGCUCUUAUUCAACAUUAUCCAAAGAUUUAUCAACAAAACGUGUAAGAACGAUGGUAAUGAUUAUAAGAAUCCUUUAUUUCUCAAUCAUUGCUCUGUUGUUUAUGGACGUGGGAGUUUCUUAUCCUCUAUAUGAUGACUACGUGUUUCCUGAGAUCCCAAAAGAAAGCUCAAGUCGUGACGUGUACAGCCUCUUGAAGGACUAUGAAGAUACUCUUCCAGCUGUAAAUCAUCCAGAGAAGUAUCCUCUGUACGAUAUCUCACUAAGAGAUCCCUAUUCACUGCUCCUCCACCCUGCUUUCCACGACUGGAUUCAACACCUGUCCGCUUCGCAGUGGGCAGCUCUCUUGCGAGAACUCAAUAUGGAAGACUAUUUCGACGAUUAUGAAUAUCCCGAUGAGUAUUCUUACACCUGGGACCCAGCACUCUAUCCCAUCAAUAACUAUAUACCACAAAAUACAGAUUAUGAAUACAAAGAUAAUAUAGAGAAACCAAAAUUAUUCACUGAUCUGUUAAGGAAUUACGUCUAUUCCUCAAAAAACAUCAGAAGGCCUAUAGAGGAUGAGGUGGAUGUGAUACAUAAAAAAAACUCCAAGAAUAGUAUUUCACAAAAAGCCGUGAUAUCAAGCACUGAAGAUAAUUCACAAACUUCCACAGAAUCUUAUCGUCCCGACACAGAGUUAACAACAGAAGUUCCUGACGAUGCUACGAUGAUGUCUCAUGUUAUAGCAAUUACAAAUCAACUACAGACCUUCCCAGUAGAGGGUCAGAAAGAAUACCCAAUGCUGAGACCUGCUUCCGAAAGCAGAAAAACUAGAAAUGAUUGGUCAUCAUCCUUAGAGGAGCAACUAUCUCAAUACAAAAUGCAUAACGAUAUUCAAAACCAAGAAAAGGAAAGGAAUGAAGAGAAUAUGAACAGUGAUGAUUUUCUCACACGACAGUUGGAUAGCCUCAGAAGCCGUGAUGACUAACUUGAUUAAACAUCUCCAUAAAUGGGCCAAAGAAAGCCAGGCUCAUAGAAAAUGAUAGGUUCCAUUCAUUGAAUUCCCACCCGAAAGAAACGUAACUUUGAUGUGAUUAAGCUGAGAAUUUGUUUUUCUCCUCAGAAAGUUUGUGAAUAGCCGGAAAAAAUACUGUUCUGAAUGUUGAACCCGCCUUUAGUGUUUCCAAUUUAUUGUUUAUUGUAAAAAUAUUACUUUAAACAGUCCGAAACAAAAACAUGGAUACAAUGCUGCUCGAGAAUACAUCAUAAAAACCUAUUCUUUUAAAUACAUAUGGAGCGAGGUUGUAUCCAAAUGAUAUUCCCUUCAUCAUUGUAGCUUGUUAAGAGUCGGUGAUAGAGACACACUGGAAUUUCGUGGUAGCUUGUACAGCCAGUAACAUAUUGUUGUUAAACAUGUUCAAAGUAGAUAUCUCUAAAGUAAAAUAUGGAUUCUUGUUCGUCAGUUACCAUAUGUACAUAGGUUUCAGCCAGCACAUGCUAUUUUUGUUUCAUGUUGUCUCUUAUUUAACACCAUAACUCACAUGUAAAGCACUGAACUUCUCUUAGUAUCGCAAAACGUUAAGACAGACGAAACCGGUAUAAAUAUCAUCGUUACUAAUUGUCUAUGAGAAUAUUUCGUGCAAAAACUUUAAAAAGGUAAAAGCAAAAAAAUCCUCAUGAAUUCACGCUAAAUUAAAAAUUUUAUACCUUGAAUUUUUUCCUACAUUAGUUUCUUAAAGAAGUUAUAUGUUAUGUAACAAAUAUUUCUAGACGGCAUCUGGUCUUUACUAGUUCCGCUAUAGUUCUUAGUAUUUUCAACUGCUCUGACAUCUAUUACACAUAACGUAAUUCCGAGCCCCUUCACUUUCUUCAUUAAAAUUACAUAAUGUCUAAUCUACACCGAUUUUCAUUUUAAAAGUUAUGUGAUGCUCGAGCCAUACUGAUAUAUACAUUAACUUCCUUAUUCCACUAUAAUUCAGCCAAUGCCUAACUACUUGUCCCGAAGUACAAGUUAGCUAAGACUCGAUCUUCACUAAUAUAAGGCAGACAAUGCCCCAGUCCUUUAACGUUUGUUAUAGACAUGGUGCCACAGUUGACUUCCAUGAUAAGAGUACAAUCCAGAUACUGCCUAGAAAGAGCUACCAGAUUUUCCAAGUUAACAAUAUUAACCCAAACUUGCACCAACCUUAAUUUUUCUUUAUUGAAAUAUAUAUAUAUAUAUAUACAUAAUUUUGACUGUCGUAAAAUUAUUAUAUGUUUAUUUUAGUAUUUCAUUCAACAGCUUUUGUGCAAAUAACUUUAGUUAUAUUGCAAAAUAUCAGGUGAUGUUUAAGCAUAUCAUAUGGGGUUUUAAUAAAUAAUACAUAAACAGCAUUACAGUGCUUUUAAUUUGAAUUAUAAAUUUUGAAAUGAUAUUAUGCAAGAAUAAACCUUGUAUAUACGUGUAGAAUUUGAUGCUAUCUUCUACCUCUACUUCUUCUUUUCAAUUUCAAGAAGGAAUGUUUAAAAAAUGAGUUUAAGACUAGAAAUAGGUCUAACUUAGGUAUAGUUUACUAUAGAAAUUAACAUUCUGAAAUAAAAAGAAUGUAAAUCCUAAACAUUUUUGCUAUUAUUUUAUGAGUUCGUACUUAUAGAACUAUUUCGGGAACAUAUACAGCCUAAACCCCAUAACGACGGCGUAAGGCUGUGUACAAGCUUUCUAAUGAUAGACGCGAAUAGGAGCAUCUAUCUUGUUCCUAGGUGUCAAUCAUAUCAAUCGUAGUUUCAGCUUCAUCACAUAGAGCUACUAUAGACCUCACAUCUUCAAGAAAGUUCCUUUCGUCGUUUUUCCAUGGUUACUACUCUGAUCUCCUUACAAAUUUGAUAUGGAAAAGGGUUUCACACUACACCCUGGCUAUGGGCCUGAUAACAAAGAUCAGCAGAAAUACAAACAUAAAAACCAGUGUUUGAUGUUGUCAGCAACACACCAUGUCUACUGAAUGGUAAAUUUAUCAAAGUGAUCAGUCACAGGAUUUGGCCUAAGAGUUUUAGGUAGGUGUCAUCACGGUUACAACCAACUUUAAUAGAUUUAAGACUUUUAGACAAGACUUAUCAAAGUAAUCAGUCAUAGUGCUAAUUAAGAGAUAUUGAGGUAAACAGUCACAGAUUAGGUAAGAGUUAUCAAAGUGAUCAGUCACGGUGUAAAAUAUUUAGGUGAAUGUUAUCAAAGUAUACAAUUAUAGUAUUAAGUAAGAGUUACCAUGGUGAUCAGUCACUGCGUCAGCUCUAGAAUUGUUAGAUGAGUGAUAUCCAAACGUUAGAUCCUAUACAGUAAUUUUACACAUUUAAAUUAGAAUUAUCAAAAUGAUCAGUCACAGCCUAAGGUGCCCCCCCCCCCUGUGGCACAGCGGUAUGUCUGCUGACUUACAACGUUAGAAUCCGGGUUUCGAUACCCGUGGUGGGCAGAGCACAGAUAGCGCAUUGGGUAGCUUUGUGCUUAAUUACAAACAAACAAACAGCCUAAGGACUAAUUUCUAAACACAAAUGUUUGGGUUACUAAGAUGAUUACUCAUAUCAUAAAGCUUUAAAUCUUUAAGUGAGCGUUUUCAGGUGAUCAAUGACAGUGUUAGGCCUAAAUGUUUGGGUAUUAAGACAAACAGUCAUAGUUUAUAGGUAAAUAAAAUGUGCUCAAGAUAAUAAAAUACAGUAUUAAGCUUAUGGUUUGCAAAAAAAGCCCAGUAAUGUUCUGAAUCGGUGAUCCUUAUGUAUAGUAAAGGUAAAACAAUAUAAACAAAUAAAUAAAAAGAAACCUAUGUUGGUUCUGCAGAAACAGGACUGAUGCAUUGCUUAUCCUGCACGUUUGAAAACAAACUUCAGCGUUAACUGGUUGUAAUGCAAAUUACGUUCUAUCAAAAAGUAACAAGCCUUUUCUUUCUCUCACGUGAUGUUUAAAAUGUUGGAACAAUCAGCAAGGAAUUAAUUUUUAAUCUUUAAUGUUCUGUACCGUAUACUAAGAAGUUAGGAAAACGGUGAAAACUGUUUCAAGAUUUAUAUCUAUGAAUCUGUAGUACCAAAGAUACUAUAGCAAAUUCACAUUUGAUACGCACUUGGUGUUCUGCCUAGUUCUAGUAUUCAUGUUUGUUAUUAUUUGUAUUCACUGUGAAGUAACGAUGUACUAAAUAAAUUAUUCCCUACUAACGUAAUAUUUUGUAAAUAUUAAGACAGAGAAGUAGUUACUAUAUUGUUAAAUAGCUGCAAGGUAUCCCAUAAACGUUUGCCAAUCGAAGAAUGCAACUCCUUUUCUUUUUCUACUUCUUUAUAUAGUAAAGUGUUAUCGCUUAAGUUAAUUCGGAAAUAAUAAAUUCACGAUUAAUUCGUUAGCCAUUCUGAUAAGAAAUCUGAUAUAAUUUCGUAAUUAAAGUGUUUUUAUACGCAGAGUAAAAAUCUUUCUGAGUCACCUAAGCCAUCUACAGGUAUUUCAGAACUAGUAGCAAAUUAAAUUUGUUUUGAAAGCUUUUCCAGCACGCAAACCUAUCAAACAUCCGGGAAAUAUUCUAAAAAUAAUUAUGAUACUAGAUUAUGACAAACUCGGACUUAAUUAUAUAGUUAAAGAAAUGCGACGACAAUUUGAUAAUUGAUAAACGUAUUGAUCUUAAAAAAGCAAAACAAGACAGAGCAUGAUAGAAAGGCAAACAUUUGUAGGAUAUCGUGUAGUAUAUGCUGAGCCAUCCACCAAAAUGUGUUCAGUGAUAAUAUAUUCGAACGUUAUGGUUUCUAGUAUUCUAAAGCUACAAAGAGCAAAGGUCAUAGCUACUGUACUUUUUUAACUGGUGUUUCAUGCUCAUGUUUAGCUUUCAAAUACACGUAUGUUCAAGAAUCUGCAUUUUCUGAUGUCGAUGUUCUGUUUAUAUGUAAAUAAAAUUAUUUUAUAUAAUAAAUGACUUGUGUGCAC